AUGACUACCGGCUUGACUCCCAUUCCCGAGUCGCCCUUGGUCAUCAAAGAAGCCGCCGCGCAGCCGGUUCGGCCCUCGGUGACCUGGGACCUGGGCUUGCCCAGGGAGCGGGAGACCACUGCCCAGGUCACCCCCGCCAGUUCCGGCACCCAGCCAGCCUCCGAGCCGCGACGCGACGGGUUCGGCAGUCGAGCCGAGCCGGUCCUCGGGGUCCAGCCGCAGGUCUUCUUCAUGCGGCCGCGCACCUUGCAGCCUCAGGUGCUUUUCAGCGUGAUGAACUCCAGCGAGGCAGCAGUAAAACAUUUUCUGCCCAAGAGCCAUUUAUCCAGGGUGAUCAUUCGUGACAACCUCAGUGCCCAGCGCAUCUAUGAGAUGGAGAUAAAGGCUUCUGAGAAGACCAAGAAAAAGAUGAGCCAUUUGCAUGAUCACCUGAAAAAGAAAUUCAUGACGGACCAGCUCAGGAAGCUGGGCCGCUGGAGACAGGAGUCCAUGAACAUGCGACAGUACCUGUAUGGCUUGCCAAAGCUGCAGGGCCCCUCUCCCAAGCGGGGCCAGCUGCCUUAAUCCCGGCAGGGUGAUGUCGCCCAGGGCCACCAUGACGCUCAUCUGACCAAAGGACACUAGAAACACGCAACUGCACGCCAUCGUGGAACAGUAAGAUCAGUGGACAGCGGAGCACCCAAAAACAAAAAGAAAAAAAAAUUUCCCCAAAACAACGACAACAACAACAACACACACACACAAAAAAACU